UUGUGCUUUUCAGUUUCUCCCAGCUCCGAAGUUUAAUUCUAAUAAAGUUAAAUUUCUAACUAAUAAAAUUCCUGAAUGUAGUAACCAUUUUAUUGUGUUACAUUGAUUUUUCUUUCGCUGGCAUCUUGGGGCUGCAAUGAUCCGCAGUCGGCGUGUGCUUGACGCGAUCUGCUCAACACUGUUGAGACCUACCAAACCUUCCCACGCGCAAUGUUUGUACUCUAGCACGAAAGCUGACGACAUCCCGGAAAAUGCUGCCAAGGAACCCAAGCGAACAGUGGUAUUUUCGGGCAUCCAACCAACCGGCGCGCUGCAUCUGGGCAAUUAUCUGGGCGCUGUAAAACUGUGGAAGGACCUGCAAGAGCACAGCGAUAAAUCGCUGAUUAUUAGUGUUGUGGAUCUGCAUGCCAUUACGAUGCGCUGGGAUCCUCAAAUACUCAGGAAAAAUAUCAUGGCAAUGUUUGCACAGCUGGUGGCGUGCGGCAUUGAUCCGGCCAAGACUAUCCUGUUUCUGCAGUCCACGGUGCCGGAGCAUUGUCAGUUGCAGUGGAUAUUUUCCUGCAUCACAACUCUGGCCCGCAUCGACAAUUUGCCACAUUUUAAGGAAAAAUCUGCCCCUCUGCAGCCGAAGAAACACGUGGAAGGUCAGCCGCUCCCUCAGAUCGAUGCCGGUUGUGGACUCCUGAUGUAUCCAAUCCUGCAGGCUGCCGAUAUCUUGCUCUACCGAUCACAGUUGGUUCCGGUCGGCGAAGAUCAGGUCCACCACCUGCAGCUGGCUCAACAUAUUGCUCGGGUUUUCAACAAUAAGCACGGAAAGUACUUCCCUCAGCCGCAGCGACUGCACAGUGAACAACCGCGCGUAAAAAGCCUGCGGGAUCCCACGAAAAAAAUGAGCAAAUCGGACACCGACGUGAAGAGCCGGGUGGAUGUGACCGACACUCCGGAACAGAUCCACGAGAAGCUAAGAAAAGCCGUCACCGACUCCACGUCGGCCCUCACGCACGACCCGGAAUCACGUCCGGCGCUGGCCAAUCUGAUCUCCCUGUACGCCACCGUCACCGACAGCAGUGUCAGCCGGGCGAUGCAGGAACUGCAGCAUUCCGAUAAAGUGGCCUUUAAAGCCCGUCUAGCCGACGCCAUCAUCACGAUGCUCUUUCCCAUCCAGCAGGAACUGCAGCGGUUGGAAGCAGACGCGGGAUACCUGCAGGGCUUAAUUGAGAAUGGACGCGAGAAGGCCCGGCUAAUUGCACAGGAGACCAUGCACGAUGUGCUGCGGGUGGUGGGAUGCCGCGAUGAGCCGGUGCAUAAGGCAUGUCAUGAUCCCGAGGAAGAGGAGUGUCGGGAGCGGGUGCAUGGAAUGAGUCCUAGCGAAUUUCGACACAAGAUCGAAAAUGAGUGAUACCAUCGGUAAAGUUGCAGUACUGAAUUUUUCGGUGUUGCUCCGUAGUUUUUAAAGAGUCGGUGUGGCCGACAGCAGGAAAAUUAUGUUAAUACUUUUAGUGCCUUUUACCAGUUUUUGUUUAUCAUUGCUUCUACUCAGUAGUAAUGCUGUCAAUCGAAUUGGUGCGUUUGAGUAAAACUUAACCGGUGAAAAAUCGGUGAAUGAAAAAUUUGUAUUGUUUGUGUCGAUCUUCGAUUCCACAUUGCUCAUUACGGAAUUGAUUUCAGUUUCGCAAAGUGCGCGACAGUUUUAGGCUAAGAUUUCAAGAAAUCAGAUCCCAUGCACAUUUAUUUGAUGCUUAAAGUGGAAACGGGCAGUGAAAGUUGC